GGCAGGCAUACGAGAAAAAUAUGCUGCUUGGUUACUUGUAGAUGAUCGCUGCCAGCUAGCCUAUCUCAGCCACUUGCGCCCAGACUUCGUGUCUUCCUUCAAAAUCAUAACACAUUAUGCGCCAUUAGAAGCAACGUGAUAUCUGUAUUCAUCAGCAUUUUGCAAUUACAGACGCAAGGAUAGAUAAGAGGAUAGCAACAUGAACCUGCUGGGCGCUCCAGUUCGGGGCUUUGCACCUUUUAAGCAGCACAAGCAAGGCGUCAGCGCUCGCGUGCUACUGCCGCGCUGCCAAACAGCAGCCUGGCGUCCUAGCUCCCGAUGGGCUCCGGUCGCUGCUCGCGGCAUUAUCCUUGCGCGCAACACAGCUUCAGCUACCUUAGCGCAAACGCUGGAUGCUGCAGCUGUUGCGCCGACAAACGAAAAUGGCUCGGCAGCAGCGGCUCAGCGCAGCAGCGGUCUCGUCAAGGAUGCCCCCACAUUCCAGGAAGCAAUUGCAAAGCUGCAGGAGUACUGGGCGUCCGUGGGUUGCGCUAUCUGGCUGCCGCACAACACAGAGGUGGGCGCUGGCACCAUGAACCCCGCCACCUUCCUCCGCGUGCUGGGUCCCGAGCCCUGGAACGUGGCCUACCCCGAGCCCUCCAUCCGCCCGGAUGACUCGCGCUACGGCGACAACCCCAACCGCUUGCAGCGACACACGCAGUUCCAGGUUAUUCUGAAGCCCGACCCGGGCAACGCGCAGGAGCUGUACCUGGGCAGCUUGGAGGCGCUGGGGAUCGAUACCAGGGUCCACGACGUGCGGUUUGUGGAGGACAACUGGGAGAGCCCGGUGCUGGGCGCAUGGGGGCUGGGGUGGGAGGUGUGGCUGGACGGCAUGGAGGUCACGCAGUUCACCUACUUUCAACAGGCCGGCGGUCGGCCGCUUGACGCCCCGGCGGUUGAGAUCACGUACGGGUUGGAGCGCAUCUUGAUGUCGCUGCAGGGGGUGCGCAACUUCAAGGAUAUCCGCUACUCCCCAGGUGUCACGUACGGCGAGAUGUUUUACCAGAACGAGUACGAGAUGUCUUGCUACAACCUGGAUGAGGCUGACGUGGCGGAUCAGCGAGCGAGAUUCGAACUGUACGACAAGGAGGCCCGGCGGCUGCUAUCCAAGCGGUUGCCGCUGCCCGCGUACGACCACCUGCUCAAGCUCUCCCACACCUUCAACAUCCUGGAUGCGCGGGGGGCGGUGGGGGUGACGGAGCGGGCGGACUGCUUUGCGACACUGCGGGGGCUGGCGCGAGAGAUCACGGGCCUCUGGGUUGCCCGUCGUGAGGAGCUGGGGCACCCGCUGGGUGUCAUACCCCCGCCGCCCAGCCCCACACCCGCUCGCCCGCACCUGCUGCCGACCGCACCCGGCGGGGAGGGCUCCGAAACCGCUGCUGCUGCUGCAGCUGCUCGUACCUUUGUGCUUGAGAUUGGCUGCGAGGAGCUACCCCCGGAUGAUGUGGUGUCGGCUCUGGCGCAGCUGAGGGAGCGAGUGCCAGCGCUGCUGUCCAAGCUGCGACUGACCCACGGGUCGCUCCACGUGGAGGGCACCCCCCGGCGUCUGGCGGUGGUGGUGGAGGGGCUGGCGGCGCAGCAGGCGGCGGAGGAGGCCAAGGUCCGCGGCCCCCCCGCCAAGCAGGCCUAUGGACCCGACGGCGCCCCCUCUCGCGCACUGGAGGGUUUCUGCCGUAAGAAUGGAGUGGCGGUGGGCGACGUAACGCUCGAGGCGGACGCCAAGGGGGUGCAGUACGUGUUUGCGGUUGUGCGGGACGCAGGCCGGCCGGCAGCGGAGGUCCUGACCGACGAGCUGCCCUCCCUGGUCGGCAGCCUCUCCUUCCGCAAGUCCAUGCGCUGGAACGGCCACGGGGCUUCCUUCAGUCGCCCGCUGAGGUGGCUGCUGGCGCUGCACGGGGGCGUGGUGCUGCCCUUCGUGUAUGGGGGGCUGCAGGCCGGCAACACCACCCGUGUCCUCCGCAACGCGCCCGCCCCCUGCCUCGCCGUGCCCUCCGCCGAGUCCUACUGCGGCCUGCUAGAGGAAGCGGGCAUUCGGCUGGGAGCCGGGGAGCGAGCGGAGCAGAUCUGGAGGGAGGUGCGGCAGGCGGCAGCACAGGUUGGCGGCAGCGUGCCCCCCUCCUGCCGCUCCGAUCUGUUGCCCGAGGUCACACACCUGGUGGAGAGCCCCACCCUGGUCACCGGCGCAUUCGACCCCGCCUUCCUGUCGCUACCUCCCGAGGUACUCGUCAUGGUAAUGCGCAAACACCAGCGCUACUUCCCCGUCUUUGCGGCUCCCGCUGCUCCUGCUGCUGCUGCGGCUGAGUCCUCCGCCUCGAGCGGGUCCCAACAGCUGCUGCCGUUCUUCAUAACGGUCGCUAACGGUCCCGUGGAUCCGGCCGUUGUGGCGGCGGGCAACGAGGCAGUGCUGCGGGCGAGGUUCGAGGACGCGACGUUCUUUUACCGGGAGGACCUCAAACAGCCGUUGGAAGCGUUCAGGCCCAAGCUGGCCGGCACCACCUUCCAGCGCGACCUGGGGUCCCUGCUUGACAAGACGCAGCGACUGGAGCGCCUAGUGGCGCCUCUGGCUGCGGCCAUGGGGGCAGCGGCGGCAGCGGCUGGGGCCGCAGCAGCAGGAGCGCCCAAGGAUGGCGAGCAGCAGCAGCAGCAGCAGGGAGAGGAGAAGAAGAAGGAGGGGGUGGAUUGGGCCUCCCAGGAGGUGUUGGGGGUGGCGGCGGUGGCUGCGGCGCUGUGCAAGGCGGAUCUGGCGACCAGCGUGGUGACGGAGAUGACUGCGCUGGCGGGAACCAUGGGUCGUCACUACGCGUACAAGCAGGGUCUGUCCGCCGCCGUGGCUGAGGCUAUCUUCGAGGCGGCGCUGCCACGUCAGGCGGGCGACGCCCUGCCGUACAGCCCGGCCGGCAUUCUGGUGGCGGUUGCGGAUCGGUUGGAUUCGUUGGUUGGGCUCUUCGCGGCGGGAUGCGCGCCCUCGGCGGCGACGGAUCCGUACGGACUCAGGCGAGCUGCGUACGGCAUGCUGCAGACCCUGGUCUCCAAUGACGUCGCCCUCAGCCUCCGCGACGCCAUCUCCGCCGCCGCUGAGCUGCAACCCAUCCCGGUGGCCCCUGCCGUACAAUCCGACGUGUUGUCGUACUUGUACGGCAGAUUGGAGCAGUUGCUGGGCGAGUGGUACGGCGGGGGCGCCCCGGCGGAGGUGGUGCGGGCGGUGCUUGCGGAGCGGGGGGACAACCCGGCCCUGGCUGCCCGAUCCGUACAAGAGCUCAAGGCCGAGUGGGAGGCGGGUGAGGCGGGUCGCCUGCGUCGCGUGCUGGCCGCCUUCAGUCGCCCCACUCGCAUCGUGAGGGGCAAGGAGGUACCGGACGCGGCGGAGGUGGCGGUGCAGCCGGGCCUGUUUGAGGGGGAGGAGGAGCGGCAGCUGUUUGCGGCGUACUGUGAGGCACGGGGCAAGGUGACCCAUGGGUCGUCUGUGACCCAGUGGCUCGACGCCGUGGAGCCCCUCCUGCCCGCCAUCGACCGUUUCUUCGAGAAGGUGUUUGUCAUGUGCGAGGACGCUGCCGUACGUUCCAACCGCUUGGCGCUGCUCCGAGACCUGGCAGCCCUGCCGCGGGGUGUGAUGGACCUCUCACAGCUGCCCGGGUUUUAAGGAGUGUACGACAACCCGAUGUUUUGCCGUGCAAGUACCGAGGUUCAUGUACAAUGCAAGUCUGGGGUUGGCGUUUGUACAACUGGGCGGCUUCAGGCUGCUGCACAACUGUGUCAGCGCAGCGUUGCAAAGCGGACGAAUGUGAGUCGCCUAUGUUGGUUGAGGUGGAGCUUUCGGUUGCAUGGAUGGAGGUUAGCGGGUAGUUUACCGGUAUUUCGAACGCGUUUGCUUGGGCAGAUGAUGGACCGAACGCGCUAGCCCCAGUUGCGCGCAAACAUAUAUACGAUAAAGGCAGGUGUGGUGGAAGGCGAGGAAGCAGGGAGGGGUGAAGGGAGUAGGAAAGGAGAGCGGCAAGAGCUGCAGGUGUGGAGCUGGUGGUUGUGACGCAGCGAGUGUGUGUGUUGUUGUGCCCUGCUGUUUUCCGCUGAAUGGUCCCCUCGGAGGAGGUGGGUGCGGACUCGGUGCCGAUAGUCCGCUUGUCAGUGGACGAGAGUG